AUGAUUGCGCAUGCGGCGAAAACCUCGCAGAAAACGCCAAACGGGCCGUCGGGCGGCGGAGAAGACGACGAGGACGUGGACAACCCGUUCGCAGACAUGCUUAGACGCAGCGCGAGUGCCCGAGGUAGCAGCAGCAGCGCGAGUGUGCAAGACAGCGACGACUUACGCGGAAGUUCCAGCGCGCGGGACUUAGGAUCUGGUAGUAGCGUCGGCGGAAGCCACGCGCAACUAGCGGAGGUCCACUCAUCUGCAGUUCCGCCGGCAGUUUCGACGGGAGAAGCGGCGGCUGACGCGGCAGCUGGUCUGGCGGUUUCAAAUGGUAACGCAUUCGCUGAGAAACAGAAACCCCAGCAGGAGCAGCUGCAGCCGCAGCAGCCGCAGCAGCAGCAGCAGCAGCAGCAGCAGCAGCAGCAGCAGUUGCGUGAUGUCGAAACUGGUUGUAACGAGGACGUGAGCCGGGGUGCGUCGUUGAUUGUAUCUUGUGAACGUGAAAAGAAAACCGGUAGUUGCCAGGCCGGGGAAAGUGCGCUCACGGAUCCCUCCUCCUCCUCCUCCGCUUCGGCGCUUGCGGCGGCGACGGCGGCGGUGGCGGGCACUGGUGUGGAAUCACCGGCGCGGGAGCAUUCUGACGCCGGUGAUUCGUCUGCCGCGUCGACGCCGCGCAGGCACGGCCGGAGCAGCCGACGCGUCCUCCAUAUCGGAGCGUCGCAGCGCCGAGCGCUGCUUCGCUGUCGCGCAGCGGAAAGGCGACUUCAGGGCGACUUGGGCGACGGCGUCGCAGGAGGAGGAGGAGGAGGAGGACCAGGCGACGUUUUCGAGCGAAGCCAGACAUUGGACUACUCGCGGCUGCGUUCGCGCGGCGGCAUGCGCGACUCGCUGGAUUCCUUCGCGGGCGAAACGUACGCCGCAAGCGUCGGGAUUCUGGACGAAGAUAUUCUCGUCUCGUUCGAGGAUCUCCGGUCGGAAGACGGAGAGGAAGGCGGCGGAAGCGUCGGGGGAGGCGGAGGCGGCUCGGGAAGGUGGCUUCUGCCGUAUUUCAGGACCGCAGAGAAGCAGCAGCAGCAGCAGCAGCAACAGGGGGAGCAGCAGGGGGAGGAGCAGGCGGAGCGGGAGGAGCAGGAGGAGCGGGAGCAGCGGAAGCAGCAGCAGCAGCGGGGGCGGCGGAGCUUGAGUUGGAAAGAAAAGACGGAUGGCGGAGAGGACUUGACGGACUAUCCGCGAAGCGGCAGCUAUGGUGAGAGCGUGUGCGAGUCGGACGUGCAGAGCGUAGACGACGGUGAAUUCAGUGUAGACGGCGAUAACGAGUCGCUCGGCGGGGAAAGGAAAACGCGCGUCCGCUUUAGAAGGAUCACCAACAGCAGGAGCCUGAAAGCGCUCUCCGGCCGCGACGCGGAGUAUAAAGAAGCUGACUGUAACGGCGACGCCGGCGGCGGCGGCGGCGGUGGUGGCAGUUCGAGAUCUGCAGCAGCAGCCACCAGCCCGUCGGACGCGCAGUACGCGCAUUUCACGGCUGCCCUGCCGCCGCUAUGCGCGUCCCCGCUAAGGACGUACAGCUCUCGACGGCGCACUAUGGAGCUCGCGCUGAUCUCCCCCACCGCCGUCGCCAACAGGCGCAACAACUCCGCCUCUUCCCCCUCCGCUUCCCCCUUCCACGCGCGCUCCGCGGGCCUCUCGCCUUCCUCCGCGAACGCCUCCGCGGGCUUCGGCAAUGGUUCUGCUUCCGGGGUAAGUCCUCCCGCGGGCAGCGCUUCUGCCGCGCCCCCCGGUCCUGCCGCCGUGGCCGGCGCUACCGCCGCGUCCGGGGAGCGUAGGGCGGCUCGGCAGUGGACGGGGCCUCGAGCCGCGAGCCCUGACGUGCCGCCACCUGGCGGCGUGGUAGUGGUCAGGGAAAGGGCCUUCACUCGAUCGCUCACGCUAGGAAGCAAUCCCAGCGCGAACCAGCAGAGCCAGCAGCAGCAGCAGCAGCGGGAUGUGCGGAGAAGCUAUGGCGGUAGUUUCAAGGAUCGCGUAGGGUCGCAUGGGGGGGAGGGGGAGAUGAUAGGGGGUGGCGGGUGGGGAACCCUGCGCGAGCCCACGCCCGUGCACAGCAGCAGCAGCAGCCAGGGCGGGACGGAUUUGGAGAAUGUGGAGAGUGGCGGGGAGACAGUGGGGAAUGCGGGAGCUCUGGCGGUUGUUCCGCAGUGCGCCGUGUGCCGUGGUGCUCGUGGCGGCGCUGCGGCUGCUGCUGCUGCUGGUGGUAGGGCCGGGGGCGGUGGGGGCGGUGGUGGUGGUCGCCGUGGGAGCUGCAGCGGAUGUGACUGUUGCAGUGGUGCUGUGGGCGCGGUUGACGCUGGUGACGGCGCUGAGGCGACGGGCAGAGGGCGGAGGGAUGUGGGCGGAGCAGGGGGAGCGGGGAGCAGAGGGAGCAGCGGCGGCGGAAGCCGGUGGGGCUCGCCACAAGAGUGGGCAUUAGCAGCAGCGGCAGUAGCGGGAGGGGCGCCAGGCGGAGCAGCAGGCGGAGCAGGGGGGGCAGGUGGGGCAGGCGGGGCAGCAGGCGGGGCGGGAGGCGCGAUGGGCAUGGGAGGCGGAGCUCCCAAGGUGAUGGUGUCCAUUCUGCCGAGCUUCGCCCAGCACCGCGCCAUGGUGGCUCAGGCGGAGCAGCGGGAGAAGGCUCUGCUGCUGGGGGACGUCACGGGCAAGCUGGGGCGCAGGCGGCGGGGAGGUGGGGGAGGGGGAGGGAGUGCGCGGGUGCUAGUGGUUACUUAUGCGGAUGGUGAUGGGGAGGAGGGGAGUGAGACGGAACCGCUGGGGAAAACGGGCAGCGAGGGGAGCGUUGUGGACGAGAGGGGAGGGGAGGGGGAUGGUGUGGAGGGAGGAGAGCGGGGUGACGAUGGGCAGAUGUGCCGUGAGCAAUUAGGGCACGCAGGGCAGGAGGAGGGACAGGUGGAACAGGAGGGGCAGGUGGGUUGUGUAGGGCAGGGGACAGGUGAAGGGGCAGGUGAAGGGGCAGGUGAAGGGGCAGCUGAUGCACCAGCAGUGCAGUCAGCGGAUGGGCGCUCCCAGAGUGUUGCCUCCUCUACCUUUUCCGAGUCUCCUCUUUCUGAUGGUCGUGAGACUUUAGGUGGCGAUGCUAGUAGUGAUGGUGGUGAUUCUGCAAUUAGUGGUGGUGUUGACCGCUCAGCUAUCAGUGCAGGUGGGGUUGAGGCUCACGAGCAGCAGCAGCAGGAACAGCAGCAGCAGCAGCAGCAGCAGCAGCAGCAGCCGCCUCUUGAUGCCUUCUCUGCAACGGCCAAGCCUCAGCAGCAGCAGCACUGGGACGAUCCUGUGCUGAUAGCUCCCGUGUACUCGAUCUGA